AAUUUAAAUUCCAUAGGAUAUAACGUAUCGUUUGAUGUUUUUCACCUGUUGCUGUCUAUUUUUCGUGUGACAAUUGAACUUGUUUUCUUCUAAUAUGACUGAUAAUAAUGACAUUUUCAUGCAAAAUGGAAAAGGAGAAGACAGAAAAUCUGCUGAAGAAAUGGAUGUAUUACGUCAAAAAAUGUUAGCAUAUGAAUAUCUCUGUCAUCUGGAAGAAGCUAAAAAAUGGAUGGAAGCUUGUCUCAGAGAAUCAUUACCUCCGACAACAGAGUUGGAAGAGAAUCUACGCAAUGGAAUAUACUUAGCAAAACUUGGCCAUUUUAUAGCACCUGAUAUCCUGCCACUGAAUAAGAUCUAUGAUUCUGAGCAGCGUAGAUACAAAAUUGUAGGAUUACAAUUUCGUCAUACGGAUAAUAUAAACCAUUUUUUAAGAUGUUUGAAAUGCAUGCAACUACCGUUGAUAUUUCAACCAGAAACAACAGAUAUAUAUGACAAGAAGAACAUGCCACGAGUAAUAUAUUGUAUCCACGCUCUUAGUACACAUUUAUUUAAAUUGGGGAGAGCACCACAGAUACAAGAUUUAUAUGGAAAAAUAAAUUUCACAGAUGAAGAAAUUGACACUGUUAGUAAAGAACUACGAAAAUAUGGUAUCCAAAUGCCUGCUUUCCAAAAAAUAGGAGGUUUAUUAACUAACAAUAUCGCUACUGACACUGCUACUCUUCAUGCUGCUGUAAUUGCAGUUAAUCAAGCUGUGGUGAAGAAAGAUAACAUAAUGAUAUUACAAACGCUUCAAUGUAAAGCAGCGCAAUUGAAUAACAUUGUCCCUGCUUAUAUUGAAAAAUACACGAAGACAUUGUCAGAAGCUAAAGCUAAAAAGGUAGAGGCGGCGCUUAACAGGUCUCUCAAUGACAGUUAUGAACCAGAUGCAUAUGAUGAAUUAUUAACACAAGUUGAAAUACAAGGACACAUUAAUUAUGUGAAUGCUUAUUGUGCACUGAAAACUAUAAUUUCAUCUGCAUAUUGUGAAGAUAAUAAAUUAAUACCUGCUCUAAUGGCACAAACAUUAUCUCUUAAGAAUAUAAUUCCUGAAAAUGCUGAAAUGUACAAUGGAGAAUUGUGGCAACUAUUUGAAAAUGUCGAAUGGCACGAUAUAGCUUCCAAAAACAUUCACUACUGGCAAAAACUACUUCAGAACUCCAUUGACAGAGUAAAUGAGAUAGCAUUGCAACAUCACGAACGAAAAGAAACUGUGGAACGUUUAAAUAUGGUUUUACUUCAAGAUUCGGAUGAAGAGAAAUUUUACGAAAUUUUGCGAAGUCCUUGUUUGGGAAUUUCUCAUCAGAUCGAUGAAUUCGCAGUCCCAUUAUAUCACCAAGAGAUGAAAGAGGAUCGUCUUGAAUCGGAGGAUAAUAUUACAUACAAUGACAUAGUAGUCAGCGUAACUGUGUUAACCACUAUCGCAUCCAUUUCCAAAGCAGUAGACACGGGAAAUCCAGAUCUCGUGUAUGAAAAAUUAUCGAGCGCCGAAGCACGCAUAUUCGAGCUAGAUGAAGAGAAUAAAGCAAAGUAUACCUGUGCACUGACGAAUGUUCGGCAUGAAAAGCAACUAAAUGGCUUAAAAUGCACUUUAUUAACUUACAGUGAUAUUCAAAUAUGCGUAGAUUCGGUAAAUGCACAAUGCAUUAAGAACUCUGAAGUUAUAGAAGUUUUACAACGAUUAAAUCGGGCCGUGAUCGAGAACGAUUAUGAUAGUUUGACGGAAGCUUUUGAAACGAUAUGUAUGAAACUUGAUAUACACAUGUCUUCAUACGACAUGUCACUUUACUUAAAGCUAUUCAAGGAGCGUUUAAUUGAGAAACAAUUUGAUGGAUCUGAAUUAUGGCUAGAUGAUGUUGAAACCAUAGCGGAGAUGGUUAAGUCAGAAAGCAUGAAAGUCGAAGACAUGAUUACAUUUUUGAGUGAUAUUAAUGAGGCUGUGAAACGGGAUAACAUGUUAGAUGUGAUUGAUUGCCUUCAAAUAGUCGGUUGUACACUUAAUGAAGCAUGUCAUGAGGAAUGUUAUCAGGCAUUGCGGCAGUUACAAAAGCGAAAGCGAGAAAUCUACAGUUCCCCGUACGUUUUAUACAUCACUGAUAACGGAAAUGAAGCAUAUAUCGACGUGGAGAAAAACGUAUAUACGUGGGAUCGACCGACAGAUAUCAUGGAAUCUUACUAUAUCACCAGAGAAGAUGUAAAAGAAAUAAUUAAAUCCAUCGACGUUGCAUCGAAGAAACGUCAGAAGUGGCACGAAAAUAGGAUAUUGGAAGAAAUCAUAACCAGAUUUCAGGCUUGUAUCCGGGGAUAUCUGCUACGUAAAAAAAUUCACGAAAUACGUUCUCAGUUCAAAAAGAAUUUAAAGAAAGUUGUCAUGAUACAAGCAUGGUGGAGAGGCGUUAUGCAACGUAAACGAUAUCUCAAGUUUUUAGAAAGAAAAUGGCAAGAUGCAACAUUGCAUGAGCACAAAUCAUUAAACGCGAAAACAAUGAAUAGUUAUGAUAUAUUAAGCCUAUAUAAGAACAAACAAGACAUCAGGCGCAUAAUAAAGAUACAAGCUUUGUGGCGUGGCCGAAUAUCAAGGAAAGCCUUUCAUUCGUUACUGUACUCGGAAAAACCAUCAUUUGCUGUGGUCAGACACUUUUCAACGGUGUUAGGCUUCAAUGCGGAAGAUUACGAUAAGGAUUUAGAGCUACAAAAAUUAAAGCUCGACGUUGUGCAAGGUAUUAAACACAAUCAGAAUUUGUCGCAACAGCUGGAUAGCAUGUACGUCAAAAUAGGAUUGUUGAUCCAGAACAGAAUAGCGCUACAGGAUGUAGUAGCGCAUAGUAAGAAUUUGGAUACUCUUGCAAAGGAGAAAAAUACAACUGAGGACCAAGUAAUUACCAACGACAACAUUAUGACGAAAGCGCACAAAGGUCUCAGAUCACUAACGAAAGAGAGUCGUAAGAUUCUGGAAGGAUAUCAGCAUUUAUUUUACGCCUUGCAAACAAAUCCGCAAUAUCUUUCCAAAUUAUUGCAUUUGCCUCCUCAGGGCAAGACAAACAAAUUAUUUCUGAAAAAUGUAAUCUUGACGUUAUUCAAUUUCGGUUCGAACACGCGAGAAGACUACCUGUUGCUGAAGCUCUUCGGUAGCGCUCUGAGAGAAGAGAUUAGAUGCAAUUGUGACAAACCUUCGGAUGUUUUGACCGGCAAACCGCUUGUACGCGAAAUGGUGGUGAGUUAUGCGAAACAAUUGAGCGGUCAGGGAUUAUUGAAGCAAGUCGUGGGACCAUUGAUUGAAAAAGUCUUGGGAGACAAGACUCUGUAUCUCGAGACGAAUCCAUCGGAUAUAUAUAAGUUGUGGCGGAAUCAACUGGAAAUGGAAUCUGGUCAAAUUCAAGACAUGCCUCAGACGGUGUCUCGAGAGAGCGCAUUGUGUUUCCCUCACGUGGUCAAAGUGUUGAACAAAACAAUAAAUGACCUGAAAAAUAUCUCUCUCGAGUUUCUGAAUAAGAUAACGGAAUCUCGCGAUUGGAUACCAUACGGAAUGCUUUAUAUGGCAAAAGUUCUGUACGACUCGUUAACAGAGAAGUUCCCGCAUGCUCCCGAGAAGGAUAUUUUGAAGGCCGUUGGCAAUUUGAUUUAUUAUCACUUCAUCAAUGCCGCAAUCGUAGCGCCCGACACCUUUGACAUCGUGUCGUUGCCGGUCGACAAAUCGUUGUCUAGCAAUCAGAGGCGGAAUCUGGCCACGAUUGCCAAGAUUUUGCAGUUUGCCUCCACGAAGAAGGGUUUCGGCGACGAGUCACCGCAUUUGGGAUGCCUUAAUCAGUUCAUAAUCGAAUGCCACGAACAGUUCAAAAGUUUUUUCCGAUACUGUUGUCAGGUAGAGGAUCUCGAGGAGCACUUCAAUAUCCACGAAUAUACGGAAGCUACGCUCAUACAAAAGCCGGAAAUAUGUAUAUCUUUGCAAGAAUUAUGUGACAUACAUAAUUUGGUGCUGAAUUAUCAGGAUGAAAUAGCGCCUGAUCAGUCUGACACUUUGCAUGACUUGUUGGAAGAUUUAGGUCCGGCGCCGAGUGUAGCAUCGUUACUCGGAAUAUCUCAAUCGACGUACGAAACAAACUUCCCACGAUAUUGCAAGACCGAGGUGUGUUUGGUGUUGACUAAUAAGUACCAAAUACCGCGACACGACGAUGCGAAUCUGAGCAAUCUCUUUAUACAAGCGAAAGAGUUGCUCGUUUCGGUUCUUCCGUUUUUAAAGAGGCAGACUUUGGUGGAAUCUUUGGAGACCACUUGUUCUCCGAUGUAUGUGAAGCUGUACGAUCAUGAACACUCGAUGGCAAUGCCAACACUACACGUUAUUCGCGAGAGCUCUUCUAUAAAUGACUGCAAGUUGCAAUUGCGUUCAUAUCUGCACAAACUCGAACUCGAAGGAUGGGUGAAUCGUGCGGAUGGUUAUCAAACGAUUGUGACUGCUAUAGCGAAGGAUAUUUGCAACAAGAAGAAGUAUCGAGUUAUGAGAGAUAAAGAGUUGCAGACGUUGCGUGCGACCAAAGAACGACUAGAGGAGAAAACGAAGUAUUACGAGGAGCAAGUUAAAUUUUACAAUCAGUAUAUACAACGUUGUCUCGAAAAUUUACACACCGGAAAAGGUUCACGUCGCGCGUAUCAAGCACUGCAGAAAGAUACGCAUGGCAAACUGAGAUCAAAGAUGACGUUGAAGUAUUCCGCCUGGAAGUUGCAAGAGAAGGGUGUGCUAGUGGAGGUGGACGGAUUGACACAAACGGAGUUAAGAAAUGUCAUUUUCGAGAUCAGUCCGACGGAGCAUAGCGGUCUCUUCGCCGUGAACUGUCGAUUUAUGGGCCUCGAGAUGGAAAAGCUCGAUAUCAACAUACAAGAGUUGCUACAACUGCAAUACGAGGGCGCAUCCAUCAUGAAUAUGUUCGGCAGAGCGAAGGUCAACGUAAUGAUGGCUGCUGCAUCAACAUUGAACUUGGAUAAUAAUUCUACUAAAAAUGGAGAAAAUACAGAAAUGGACCAGCAACUUAAAGAUAGAGCUGAAAGAAAUCGCCAAAGAGCAAUGUUAUUAAAAAAGUCAAAGAUUGUAACACAUCCAUAUGCAAAUAGCGACUCAACAAAUAAAAGAUUAUUAAAAGUACAAGGGCAGCAUGUUAUUGACAGUGGUGGAGGCUUUUUAAUAGAAGAAAACGAUGAUCUGGAACAGCAAAUGCUCAAAAUAAGAACAGAACCAGAACCUGUACUUGGUAAAUUCAAUGAUUGUGAAGAAUGUCAACAAAAGUUUGGUGAUUCAUAUCUUUUACGUACGUUCAAUCUUUCAGUCUGUGAUGAAUGCAGAGAUAAGGAAGGAAAACAUUCUCUGAUUACCAAAACAGAGGCCAAACAAGAAUAUUUAUUAAAAGAUUGUGAUCUUGACAAACGGGAGCCUAUGCUGAAAUACAUUGUCCGGAAAAAUCCCCACAAUGCUAACUGGGGUGAGAUGAAAUUGUACUUACAUUUGCAGAUCGAGCAGAGGGCCUUAGAAGUAUGGGGUUCAGAAGAAAAUUUGUUAAAAGAAAAAGAAAUGCGUGAUAUUAAGCGAGAAGGAGCAAAAAUCAAGAAAUUUAAUAAAAAGAUGAAAGAGCUGCGUAUGCAAGUAAGGAGUUCCUUAUAUGAUAAAACAACUAAGGCUUCACACGUUCAUGAAUUUGGAAAGGACACUUAUAAUGAAAAGGACGAUACAUACACACACACUUGUAAAACUUGCGGUUAUGAAGAAACGUACGAAAAGAUGUAAUAAUACAUGUUACUAUAAAUAUUUGCAGCAGUAUGAAUUAUAUAUAGCAAACAUCUCGUAAUUAGUAAAUAUCGUGUUUUAUACAAAAAUAUACAAUUUUUUCUGGAAAAUUUGCAAAGAAAUUUAAUAGCGCGUGAAUAUUAUCACGACACUAUGAACGAUAUAUUUGUUUAUUUUAUAAAAGCCAAAUAUAUCAACUUUACAACUCACCAGUUUUAUCUCUUAUUAGUGCUGUACACGAAAUAUUUUUACUGUGAUACCUAUUUUGUAUAUCUGUUAUGUAAUUUGAUAAAAUUGUUAAUGUAUUAUAAUAAUACUGAGGUGAUUUUAUCAGAAGAGAGACUGAAGUUUGCGCACUUAGGCAUAAUACAAUAUACAAUGAUAAAAAUA